ACGUACAUUUCAGAAGGUACGAUCUUUAAAAGAUGAAGUUGUUUUGCGCUGUAUUACUCAUACAAACAUUUUCUUUGUUAUUGGGGAUUUGUUCUUCCUAUAUGUUCUUGAAUCCAAGUGUAGUUAAAUUAGAUUCUUCAUAUUGUAAACAUAUAGCAAAAAAUGGUAUGGUCACGAGCGACGAUUGUGCAACAUCGAUUGAUUGUAGAGGGACUGCUCGUGUCUAUUCCUGUCGACAUAGGAAUGAUUUACAGCUAUCUGGUUCAUCGUGUGUAAUGACCACUAGCUCUGAAUGUUUACGGAAAUUACAAAAAAGGCAACAGGCAUGUUCCACGAGGAAAUCGGGUUUACUUCCGGAUUCUGGAUUUUGUCAUCUGUAUUACGACUGUUCUGAUCCUGCUAAAUCGAAGAUUUGUCCGUAUCCGAAAUUAUUCUCAACAAAGACGAACACAUGUCGAGACUUCAAGUAUGUCAAGUGUGGAUCCAGGAUAGAGUUUAAAUCUUACUGUCAAUAUCGUUCCUAUCCUGGCGCUGGAAAUAUUGGCCCACCCUGUGAGUUGCAUCAUCCAAAUUGUGAAGGGUAUCCAGAUGGUGCCAAUCCUCACACAGAGAAAACUGGAGCAGGAUCUCCUUGGUACAUGCUUUGCAAGGGCGAAAGGUUUAUAAAGGACGGAAUCUGCCCAAACGCUAGAUAUGGUUUCAACAAAAAGACAUGCCAGGUCGUUGAAUGUAGCCGGAAGAUGAAUAAGUAUUACCCUACACUAGGCUGCAGGGGAUAUAUCUGGUGCUACUAUGGUAGACAAUUUAAGUACAACUGUGCUGUCGGUACUGUAUUCGAUUACAGAUAUCAGAGUUGCCAGCAUGUCUACGAUGUGUGCAAACCUUGUGGAACUAAAUCAUGAUAAGC